AUGGCGUCCACUGCCGACAUCACACAGACUCACCCUUACACCUGUAACUCGUGUGCGGUCGCCUUCCGUAACAGUGAUGCACAACGAACCCACAUGCGAAGCGACUGGCACCGCUACAACCUGAAGAGAAAAGUUGCCGACUUGCCACCUGUAUCCUCAGAAGACUACAAUGACAAGGUCAAGGCUGCCCAAGCAACAAACAAAGCCGCCGCCGACCAGGCCGCGUAUCACCAGAGCUGCGGCGUGUGCCGAAAAACGUACUUUAGCGAACAUGCCUACGAAAAUCACAUCAACAGCAAGGCUCACAAAGUGAAGGUUGCUGCGGGCAACAAAAGCGACCGAGGCUCCGUCAAUGGUUCCGUUGUCUCCAAGUCCGAAUCGCAGCUUACAGAACCUCAAGAUCCCAAGGCACAAGAGGAAUUCGACCAAGUGGUGGCGGGUAUUAAGAGCACUUCGCUGAAAGACCGCCUGGAUUCCGACGGACGACCAGCUGCACCCGCGCCAGAUGCCCUGCCGAAAGAAGACCACCCCAUGUCCCCCGAAAAAGAUGCGGCAAGCGGUGUCCCACCUCUAAACAAGUGCUUGUUCUGCAACUACGAAUCUCCCAACGUCAAAUUAAGCGUCGCGCAUAUGUCAAGAAUCCACGGCCUCUUCAUUCCCGAGCAGCCAUAUCUGGUCGAUCCCGAGGGCCUCCUCACCUAUCUCCAAGCCAAGAUUCACGUCAACCAUGAAUGUUUGGCGUGUCACAAGCUUAAAGGAUCAACGGAUGGUGUCCAGACGCACAUGCGGGAUAAAGGGCAUUGUAGGAUUGCUUUUGAAGCGGAGGAAGAGAUGAUUGAGGUUGGCCAGUUCUACGACUUCUCCAGCACCUACUCGGAUGCGGAAGCGGACGAUUCCGACACGGAAAUGGACGCCGCUCCGUCGAAGAAUGGUGGUGUCAAACUUUCCAACGGUGCUGCGGAAGACGACGGAUGGGAGACGGAUUCGUCGUUCUCGUCUCUGGAUUCCAACGAACUCACCUCGGUGCCUGUCGAUGAUCGGACCGAGUCGUACAAUCGGUUACAUUUGCACCGCCAUCAUUCGUCAACCGACCCGCGGCCCCAUAAGAAUGCUGAUGGAUAUCACUCACAUGCCCACCACCACAACAAUGCCGUGUUCUACGAUGAGUAUGAGAUGCAUCUACCUUCAGGCCGAGUAGCUGGUCAUCGAUCACUCAAGAAGUACUAUCGACAGAACCUUCACAACUACCCGUCUCAGGAUGAGCGUAUGGCUCGCGCCCAACGACUACUCGAGGAUGAAGAAGAUGAAGAUAUGGAAGACGUGGAUCCUGAAAUUUCGCCUGCCACUCCGCCAAAGGGCCAAUCGGCGCUUAUGAAGCGGGGAGAGGCUGGAAUGAUCGGUGCAACAGCCGCGCAGAGGCAUGAAGUAAGACAGCAGGAGCUGAGAUCGAGACAGAAGGAGCUACGUGCUCAAAAUCGGUAUCAAGCAAAGCUGGAGAAGCAGCACAACAGCCAGAAGCACUUCAGGGAUCCUCUCCUGCAGUAG